UGCUGGAGAGGUAAGGCACAGCGUGGACAUGCUGCUGUGAAACUGCCACAACAGAAGAUGAGAGAUACGUAGGAGUCUGUUUUCAGAAGAACAAGAAGUGGACAAAGAAACCAAGGAUCAAAAACCACUUAAAGGGUUCUUGACCUGAUAUGUGAAGGACUGGAGCAUUAAUUUCUACACGGCACAAACAAGAAUAAUUUCCUGGAGAAAAAUCAUUGGAUUAUUGUUGCUGUGGGGAAGUCACAGAAAUGAGGAGGAGAAAGCCCUGAUUUGACAUGAGAGAGAUGUCUUCUGUUUCUCUUCAUUCAAAUUGGGAGCAGAAAAAUCGGUGACCACAAUCAUUUCUGGACUAAAUGAAAUAUAAAGAUGGGGACACUGGUCAAACCAGCGCUGCUGCUACUUUUAUGGCAGAGUGUUGGAGCUUUGAAUGUCCCACUGGAAGUCAGACAACCCCCUACUAUCAUAAAGCAGUCACUGAAAGAGCACAUUGUUGAUCCCAAAGGCACCAUGGUAAUAGAGUGUGAAGCCAAAGGAAACCCUCAUCCUAUUUUCUCAUGGAGGCGUAAUGGGAAGUAUUUCAAUGUGGCACGUGACUCUCAGGUGUCAAUGCGCAGGCGCUCAGGGACUCUGGACAUCUAUGCCCGGAACAAUCCAGAAAAGUAUGAGGCAGAGUAUCAGUGCAUUGCCUCCAAUGAGUAUGGAUCUGCAUACUCCCACAAGAUCAUACUACAACUAUACAGAGCUCCUGUGUGGCCGAGAGAGAUUGUGGAGCCUGUGGUGGUGAGUGCUGGCUUGCCUCUCGUCCUCUCCUGUGACCCUCCACCUGGCCCACCUAAACCUGAAACAUACUGGAUGUCAAGUUGUUCAUAUGCGAGACCUUUCAACUGGCCCAUUCAGACAGCUUUCCCCACCAUGCAGCCUGUGCGGCAGGACCGCAGGGUUUCCAUGGGAGUCAAUGGAGAUCUAUAUUUCUCUAAUGUGCUGUUUAACGACUCUGCUGCUGAUUACUGCUGUAAUGCCCGAUUCCCAUUCAAGAAUGUCAUUCAGCAGAAGAUGCCUGUAGUUGUGAAGGUGCAUACAACUCGUGCAGUGGUUGAGGCUGCUCCCACCUGGCUGUCUCCCACAGGCUCAUCAAGCUCAAAGUUGGUCCUGCAGGGGGAGGAACUGCUCCUGGAGUGUAUUGCUGCAGGAAUGCCAACUCCUCACAUUAGCUGGACCAAGGAUGGAGAGGACUUGCAAGUGACAUCUCGCAUGAAAGUAAAGAACUUCAACAAGAUGAUUCAAAUCCCAAAAGCAUCUUUUGAAGAUGCAGGUGAUUACACCUGCACUGCCACCAAUAAGAUAGGCUAUACUGAGCACACAAUAACUGUCAGGGUCAAAGCGGCUCCAUUCUGGUUGGAAAAACCAACCAACUUGAUUUUGGCGCCAGAGGAAAAUGGACGGUUGGUGUGUCGUGCUGACGGGGCUCCUCGUCCCACAAUCAGCUGGUUCAUUAACGGGGAACCAAUUGAAACUGCUACACCACAGCCUAACAGACAGGUGUCAGGAGAAACACUGAUCUUCCGCGGUGUAACUACUGAAAACACUGCCGUCUACCAAUGCAAUGCUUCAAAUCAGUAUGGCUACUUAUUGGCCAAUGCAUUUAUUAAUGUGCUACAUGCAACACCACGUAUUCUUGGGCCAAGAAAUGAAUUCUUCAAAGUGACAGAGGGUAGUCGUACCUUCUUCGAUUGCCAAUACUUUGGCUCUCCAGUACCUGAAUUGCGAUGGUCCAAAUAUGGACAAGGAAAUCUUGAAGGAAGUCGUUUUAAGACCCACAGCAAUGGGACUCUGGAGAUCAAAAAUAUACGGAUUGAAGACCAAGGAACUUAUCUGUGUGUGGUCUCCAACAUCGCAGGCAGAGAUGAGAAUCAAGUACAAGUAGAGGUCAAAGAACCCAUAUUAAUUGUCACAAGACCACAGAGUAUGAAAGUCAUGCGUGGAACUGAUGUCCGCUUGGAAUGUGGCAUAAAAGCAGACACCACAACUCCUGUCACAACCACUUGGCUGAAAAACAAAAAGUAUCUCACUCUUGGCUGGAGAAUCUCUUUGGAUGAAUCAAAUCUGGUGAUUACUAAUGUAAACACAGGCGAUGAGGGCAAUUAUACAUGUGUCAUCAAGAGUGAGCUUGAACAGAAAUCUGCCUCAGCACACCUAAUGGUGAUGGACCGUCCUAAUCCUCCCUAUAACUUGGAGUUAUCCGAUCCAUAUGAACGUACUGUAAGACUAAGCUGGGUUCCUGGAGACAGCAACCACAGCCCCAUAACCGAGUUCUUAGUGCAGUAUGACGAUGAUGACUGGCUACCUGGAAAGUGGAGGAAUCUUUCAACGUACCCUGGGAACCUCAACUCUGUCAUUUUGCAUCUCAUACCUUUUACCUACUAUGAGUUCAGAGUCAUCGCUAUUAAUGAAAUCGGAGCUAGUCGCCCUAGUCGUCCAUCUAAGCGCUUUCAGACCAGCGGUGCACCCCCAGAUAUCAUCCCUAAGAAUUUAAAAGGUGUGGGUACUUGGAGAAAUAACAUGGAAAUCAGCUGGGAGCCUCUCACCUACAGAGAGUGGAACGGACCCCACCUGAAGUAUCUGGUGUGGUGGAGAAGGAGAGAUUCUCGAGAGGAGUGGAAGAAUGCAACCACCAAGUGGCUAAAAUAUUACAUCUAUGAUGCAGACACCUUUACUCCUUAUGAGAUCAAAGUCCAGGCUGUCAAUGACUUUGGGCUGGGACCAGAGUCUCCUGUUGUCAUUGGUUAUUCUGGUGAAGGCCGUCCAACAACAGCACCCCUGAACCUGAGAGUGUCCGACAUUGAGAGCACUCAGGUGACUUUACACUGGGAUCCAGUGACAAGUGACACAAUUAUGGGAGAACUGAAAGAAUACAAGGUCUACUACUGGAGGGACAGCAGCCAGUUGAGGUGGCAUAGGGUUGACAGAGGGAUGAAGUCCAAAGCAUUUGCUAUCAAUGGCCCAGAUCCCUCUGGAGUCCUCGAUGGGCUUAUUCCCUAUAGCAACUACAAGAUGUACAUAGUCGUGACAAACAAUCGAUUUGAAGGGCCGCCGAGUAAUAACAUACAUUUCUCAACACCUGAAGGAGUACCAUCUGCUCCUAGAUCCUUCAGGAUCCAACAGCGACAUCUGGACAGUAUUUAUGUUGACUGGGACCUGCCAGCAGAGCCAAAUGGCAUAAUUACUGGGUAUUCCCUCAAUUACCAGACAGUGAACGCCACCAGAGGAGAAGAGCUGCGAGUUGAAGAGCUCCCUCCUAAUGUGACAAGCUUCUCAAUCCGCCGAUACGACCGGUACACUCGAUACCGAUUUUCUGUGGCAGCACGAACUCGACUAGGGAUAGGAGAAUGGCAUACAGAGGAAUCGCCUCACUACACCACGGAAAUUUAUGCUCAGGAUCAGGUGGAUAUCACCACUCAGGGUUGGUUCAUUGGGAUAAUGUGCGCUGUGGCUCUCAUCGUGCUCAUCCUUCUCAUUGUUUGCUUUAUCAAGCGGAGCCGAGGAGGAAAAUACCCAGUACGGGAUAAAAAGGACAUCUCACUAGAGCUGGUGGAUGACAAAGAUCAGGAGGGCUCAUUUGAUUAUCGGUCCCUUGAAAGGAUAGCACGUGUGUCCACUCUGCCCUACCCUCGCAGGGAGGAGGAAAGAGGGCUUCAAAGAGGACAGCCAUCUAUUGAGGCAAUGAUGAAGCGAUCAGACAGUGAUGAUAGUCUGGUGGAAUAUGGAGAAGGUGGGGAGAUACCAUUCAAUGAGGAUGGCUCAUUCAUUGGCCAGUAUACGGGAACCAGGAGAGAUGUCAGGGAACUGGACUUUGGUGGAAGUCUGGAGCUCCACUCACCAAUAAAUACUAUCUACUCUCUGGCUUAAUGCUCAGAUGUCAAACUGUCCUUCUGAAAUCAGCUGAGCUAUUUGUCAUGUGGCUUCACUAUCCCUGUAGCCUCCACCUUGAAUUAAGAAUCUACAGGAACUUUUGUUUGUCAGCAGGAGGAAACAGUCUGAGAGUUAAUUGCUGUUUAAGCCCGCCUUAUCCUUGCAGACAGCAAAACUUUCAGGCAUUUAAGGGAUAAAAUGUAAAAAAGUUGGAAUAAUUUUUCUAUAGAGAUGAGAUUUUAAAAAGGAAGCUUUAUCUUUUUUGUAAAAUACAAAUAUACAUCAUAUGUUCAGUUAUCCUAUCGGAGGGGAAGACAUUAGCUGUGGAUCACAGGAGACAGGCGUGGAACAGUUUAUCAUGUUGAUAAAAGGGGUUGCAAGAUGAUAACUAAAUUGAUUCCAUCAUUUUCUUUCUGCUAAUUUCAAGAGUAAAAUCUAUUAUUUUUGAAUGCCCUACUUUCACCUGAAGGGGAACCAUCCGUCCAUCCAUUCUUUCGCUUAUCUUAUUCAGAGUCACCUGUAUACAGGCAAUUUUGAAUCGCCAAUUAAACUAACCCCAUGCAUGUCUUUGGACUGUGGGAGGAAGUCGGAGUACCUGGAGAGAAACCAUGCAGACAUGGGGAGAACACGUAAAAUCCACACAGAAAGAUUCAAACCCAGGACAUUCUUGCUGUGAGGCAACAGUGCUAACCAAAACAGAAGGGAGGCGAAAGGGAACCAUAGAUGAAGGAAAGUAAAACAUCUCCAGGAACUAACAAUUCAUUUCUCAGUUUAAAAUUUGAUUCUAUAUGAAACAAGACAUCAGACCAUUUGAAGAAUCAGCUGGCAGCCAUAAAUCAACUGUAAAAUCAGAGGUCACACAUGAACCGGUCUUCUAAUUUCACUUACAGUGGAAAUUACUAAUAUUUAUGUAACAGCAUUUUUUUGACUAAUAAUGCCACCUGUAUAUUAAGACUGUUAUGUCUGAUUUUAAAUAAA